GGGAUGAAAUUUUAGUAUGUUGUUCCUCACAUCCUCUUCUUCAUAUCCAACGGUGGGAUUGUUGUUUUGACCUCUCGAUGUUUGUAAAAUUGCCUCUGUUUACUGCUGCAUUUUUAUUGGGGAUUUCUCACUUUUGAGUGAAGAUUAUUGUCAUUUGGUGUUCCAAGUUUUGCUUGAUGAUUGUGUGUACUUCUAAUUGAUUUAGAGAGGAUUCUUGGUGUACCCACUGAUUUUCUUGGUGAUUAGUGGAAGGGUUCGUGGUUUUUUCCCCGAUUUGGGGUUUCCACGUUAAAUCUUGGUGUUCGUUUAUCGUGUGAUUGAUUGAUUGUUGUUGUAUUUGCUAUUCUUGAUCGGUCAUAUGAUUUGGCCCAUUUUGACAACACAAAGACGGGAAAAUUAUUAAUUGCUUCCGCUAGAAAAUUGAGGUGAUUUUCCCAACAAUUGGUAUCAGAGCUUGAGUCAUAUUUGUGGGUGAUUUUCUUGUGUUGUUAAAAUGGAGGAUAAAGCUGUUUUUGGGGGAAUGACUAAAGUAAAUUUGCAUUAAAUAGGACUAAAACAUAAUAACUUUCCUAAUGUAGGACUAAAACUUUUUUAUUCUUUAAAUAAGACUUAAUAAUGACCUAGUGGGAGGAAUAAUGUCCAGUAAUGCUAGACAUUUACUUGAAUAAUGACUACUUAAUUGAUAAUAACCCGUCCUACAUUUGGAAAUAAAAACAUAUGGUCCUAUAUUGGGAAAGUCAUUAUGUUUUAGUCUUAUUUAGGUAAAUACCUCAUGACUAAAUUGAACUCCUCCAAUUAUCAAAGUUGGAAACCCAGGAUGGAAGAUAUUUUAUAUAUUAAGGAUUUGCAUGAACCGAUCUUGAAUAAGGAGAUGCCAAGCGGUAAACAAGAAGGUACUUGGAAAUUGCUUAAUCGAAAAACUGUGGGAAUGAUUAGGCAAUUUAUUGAUGAUAGUGUGUUUCAGCAUGUUGCUAAUGAUACCAACGCCUAUGAACUGUGGGAGAAACUCAAAUGCAUGUAUGAGAGAGAAAAUGCCCUGAAUAAAGCCUCUAUUAUGAGAAGACUUGUGAAACUUGAUUACAGGGAUGGGCAUAGUGUGGUAGAGCAUUUGAAUGAUUUUCAGGGAUUGAUUAACCAGUUGUCUUCUAUGAAAUUGGUUUUAGAUGAUGAAUUUCAGGCGUUGUUGCUCCUCAGCUCGUUGCCAGAAAGCUGGGAGACCUUGGUUGUAUCACUUAGCAAUUCUGCUCCAGAGGGUAAGCUCACAAUGGAUGUUGUGAAGUCGAGUCUGCUGAACGAAGAAGCUAGGAGAAGAGAUCUGAGUUCCUCUAGCUAUUCAGAUCAGGCUCAUGUUGCUGAGAUAGAGGGUCGUGGAAGACACAGACAUAGAGAGUUUGAAUCCAGGGGGAGAUCUAAAUCAAAAAGCGAAGUGAAAUGCUUCUAUUGUGAUAAACCGGGUCAUAAGAUAUCUCAGUGCAGAAAGAUGAAGCGAGAUAAAGCCCAGCAGAAAGAGGAAAAUGGUCAGACUUCUGAGAAGAAAGAGGAGAAAGACACAGCAGCCCUUGUAGAUGCAGAUGAUUUAUUCUUUGUGUGCGAUGACACUAGCUUUGAUGUUGCUUUUCAGGACUGCACUUGGAUUAUUGAUUCGAGUGCCUCAUGUCAUCUCACACCUCAUCGAGAGUUCUUCUCAUCUUACACUAGCGGUGAUUUUGGCUAUGUAAAGAUGGGAAAGGGUGAAAAAUCAUCUAAGAUUAUUGGGAUGGGCACUGUUUGUUUGAAGACCAACACUGGUUGCAGGUUGAUCCUCAGAGAUGUCAGACAUGUUCCAGAGUUUCAGUUCAACCUUAUUUCUGCUGGAGGACUUGACGGAGAUGGUUAUGUUAGCCGCCUUGGUGAAGGAAAGUGGAAGCUCACCAAAGGUUCUUUAAUCGUGGCCCGAGGUAAGAAAGAGAAUAGGAUUUACGUGAUGCAAGCAAAGAUGUGCAGAGGAGAUCAGAAUACUGCGCCCUCCACGGAGACACCGCACAAGAGGCUUGAUCACAUGCUUGAGAGUUGUGAGUAUAUCCUCCCUGAAGGUGACAUUCCUUUUCUUACCAUACAUUCAGAUCAUGGGGGAGAAGAUGGAGGAAAAUGUUGUGGUGAUGAUGUUGCUCGUGAUGGUGAUGUACUUGAGCCACCUCAUUCCGAGCAUGGAGUUCCGCCACCUAGUGUUCCUCAAAUUGGUAUAUUUGAGAGAGAUUGCUACCGGGAAGAAGUGAGAAAGGUGCACCAAAGUGAACGGUUUCAAGCCAAGCGAGAUGGGGUUAUAUCCUUGCUUGAUGGACAUGGUCAUUCCCUGGUAUAGUUGUAUGGAAGCAAGAGAGCACCCAAGAGCAAUCGGGUGUUCAAGUUGAAGAGAAGAGAGCAUUGCUCACAACCUACGAACUUGGCGCAGUUGGUUGUGAAAGGCUUAUACAUUGAGAGAAUUUGAUGAGUCAAAGUGCUUAGAUGAACAGUUCCAAAAGUCAAAAGUGGACGAAUAUAGCGGGACGGAGGGAGUAUUUAUCAUCAUUGAGUUUUACCCCCAUGUAGGAGUGAGGGGG